CAAAAUCAUACCCGAACGGUUUGGAUUUCUGCUGGAUUACAGGAACUUAAGGGAAAGAGAAAAAGGGAGAGAGGUGAGAAGCGGACGGUGUAGAACAAUUGAUUGGAGACCUGCCAAAGUCUCACAUUCCUCCCUUUCUUUUGGGACUCGGAAACCUGGGGUGGCAGAAGGUCACAGGUAUUCUGAAGAAUGAGGGUCAGAAAAAAGGUAAACAAGAAUAAGGCAGGUAAGAAAGAGGCAAAAAGGAAAGAACAGAGGCGGGAUGGUAAAGCAUGCAUCACCAGCUCACCCCUCCCUUGUCCUCAUCGUCUCCUCCCGAGUGUGAUCGACUGGAGGGAGGUGCUCAGCUGGGAACGGGGAGAGAGACACCAGCUUUGAGGAAAGGCAGGCACACACAACACGAAAGCCAGUGCUGGAAUUGGGUGUUUUGUACUGUAGGUUGCACUGCAGACGUGUUUCUGGAGGGAAACUGAAAGGCUGGACACAGGAGACGGACACAGGAAUUCCAGGUCACAAGGGCUCCUGUGGCAGAGCUCAGUCCUGGCUGGGUUGGGCUGGGCUGGUAUUCCAACCUCUCCCUCUCACGGUCAUGAGCAUGAAAGAAGCAGAACCAGAGCAGGAGUAAACACAGGUAGAGACGUGUGUGAGCACAGCCUGGGGGGAAACCAAGAGGCUGGCAUCUUACUUCAGGGGUUGACUUCUGACCUCACUCCAUCAUGAUGGGAUUCUCUGUUGAGUUUGCCUGCUGGGUGCUGGUAGCUUUUGCUCUGGGUGAGAACCACCUGGUGAGUGGAGGUUGUUCAGGAAAGUGCUGCAGAGGCAGAGACACCAACUGUUUGACCACUGACUGGAGGAUGGACCGUGUGCACGGCACAUGCUACUGUGAUGAAGGCUGCGUCAGAACUAAAGACUGCUGCUUUGACUACUUCACAGAGUGUCCAGCUCAGGACUGUGUUGUGAGCGACUGGAGCUUUUGGAGCGGCUGUGCCAAACCCUGCCAGCCUUCGGUGCGAAUCCGUGUUCGUCACAUAGAGCAGCAGCCCCACAACAGUGGCCAGCCCUGCCCCGGCCUUGAGCAACGAGCUGGCUGCAGGGAAUACAGAGACCACCAGGGUAGACACUGUGGCUUCAACUCAGGUCCUGCAUUCAUCACCAGCAUGGCGUUUGCCAAGGGAAGGCCCAAGCACGACAGCUACGGAAACCCCCUAAACCCUGGGUUUUGUGUGGAAUUCAAGCUAGAGUCACGGACGCCCCACUGUACUGUGGAGAACCGGCCCCACACACUGUGGAUGCGCUACAUAACAGAGGGCUUUAACGUGUGUGUGGCAUGUGAACCUCCUGCCAUGCGAAACAAUACCAGCAGCUGCCAGGGAGACGGUCAGGAAUCAGACAAAGAGACUGUGCUCCACUGGCAGGCGGUGGGGAACCCGCGGUGCAGCGGGACUUGGAAGAAGAUCCAGAAAACUCAGCAGUGCGCCUGUCCUCCACAACACAGUUUUGUCUUCAUCUGAUCUGGAUUUCACGUGAAUAUCUAAAAACCAAUCAUCAGUGGGCAGCCAGAUGCCUCAACACAUCAUCCCUCUAUCAACACUAAGAGGCCUAAUUUUGCAGAUAUGUCUCUUAAUAUGGUCCAGAUCAGAGUAAAGUAUUUUUAAAUAACAGAUUUUCAUACACAUUAAAAUAGAAAGACACUUGUACAGCAUUCCACCUUUUCCUCACACACAUUAAGCACACUUCCUUUUACUUUGGUUAUAAAACAAUGCUAUUGUACUCUUUUCCAAAUGUCUUGUCUUACACCUUAUUUAUCUAAAAAAAUGUGGCCUUAAAUAUAAAAAACUAAAAACUUUUA